AUGGCACUGAGUACAGGAGUGGUUCUCCGGCUGCUGGUGGUGGUGAUCAGGGGUAUAGCUGCUCCUGCACCAAUCUGCUCUCUGCUGGGCCAACCCGCUUUGCCUCUCCUGUCUGCCGAGGGGGACAUCAACAUUGGGGCAGUGUUCCCUCUACAUAGGAAUGCCCUCUUCAAGGUCCAUUCGUUCACCUCCAGACCAGAGAAAACACCCUGUAUCAGUAUCAACCAACGUGAGUUCCAGUUUGCACAGACCCUGAUCUUUGCCCUGGAGGAGAUCAACAACAGCAGUGAUCUGCUCCCAGGGCUAUCUCUGGGUUACCAGGUCUAUGACUCCUGUAGCUAUGCCCCCCUUGCCAUCCACUCAGCCCUGGCGCUGAUGAACAGCCCUGGGCCUGAGGACAGCCUGGGAGACCCUUCCUCCUGUUCCAGAUCUCCAGCCGUGUUGGGUAUUGUAGGGGAGUCAAGCUCCACAUCCACCAUCGGAAUAUCAUCCCUGGUCGGACCAUUCAACAUCCCUGUGAUCAGCCACUUUGCCACCUGUGCUUGUCUGAGUAACAAAAAAAAGUUCCCCUCCUUCUUCAGAACCAUCCCCAGUGACUUCUACCAGAGCAGAGCCCUGGCAAAGCUGGUCAAACACUUUGGAUGGAACUGGGUGGGAGUGGUGAACAGCAACAAUGACUAUGGAAACAACGGCAUGGCCACAUUCAUGGAGGCAGCGUGGCAUGAAGGGGUCUGUGUAGAGUACCAAGAGUCCAUCCACCGCACAGACCACAGAGAGAAGCUCCUGGAAGUCGUCAAGGUCAUCCGGAGGGCCACAGCUAGGGUGGUGGUACUGUUCUUGACCUUGGGGGAACUCAUCCCCCUGAUGAAUGAGAUGGCCCUGGAGGGAGACCCAGGGCUGCAGUGGGUGGGCAGCGAGGCCUGGAUCACAGCCAGAAUGCUGACGGAGAACAAGGCCUACAGCUUCCUGAGGGGGGCGGUGGGCUUUGCCAUCAGGAAUGCCAGGCUGGAUGGUCUGGAGGGAUUCCUAGACAAGGUGCACCCCUCCCAGGCGCCAGACAACACCCUGCUCAGGGAGUUCUGGGAGACUGUGUUCAAGUGCUCAUUCGAGGGGGGCAGCAGCACACUGUGCACAGGAACAGAGAGCUUAGCAAAGCUGAAGAACCAAUACACUGACAUGUCAGAGCUGAGAAUAUCCAGUAAAGUGUACACAGCUGUAUAUGCCAUUGCACACGCUCUGCACAACCUACUGACAGACUUAAAGAAUGACACAGACAGUGGCAAAAGACCAGUCUACACACCACAGCAGGUGCUACAGUACCUGAAGGAGGUGAGGUUUAGAGUAAAGACAGGAGAGGAGAUCUGGUUUGAUGAUAACGGAGAUGUGGUGGCGUGCUACGACCUAGUGAACUGGCAGCAGGAGGAGGAUGGGACCCUGCAGUUCCAUGUUGUGGGGCUGUAUGAUUCCUCGAUGCCCCCUGAACAGCGCAUUACCUUCAACAAGGGAAAACUGGUCUGGGCAGGGGGCAAGGCAGAGGCACCUGCAGCAGUGUGCAGUGAGAGCUGUCCCACAGGCACUCGUAAGGCUGUACAGAAAGGAAAACCUGUAUGCUGUUAUGACUGUGUACCAUGUGCGGAGGGAGAGAUCAGUAAUAUCACAGAUUCUAACGGCUGCUAUCGAUGUGACUUGGAGUAUUGGUCAAAUGAAAAAAGGGACCGCUGUGUGUUGAAACCAGUUGAAUUCCUCUCCUAUGAAGAAAUGAUGGGCAUAGUUCUGGUGUUUUUCUCCUUACUGGGGUCCGGUGUUACUACUCUGGUAGCUGUUGUGUUUUCAAUUCAUAAGGACACUCCCAUCGUCAGGGCCAACAACUCUGAGCUGAGCUUCCUGCUGCUCUUCUCCUUGACUCUGUGUUUUCUGUGUUCUCUUACUUUCAUUGGCCGGCCCUCUGAGUGGUCCUGUAUGCUGCGCCACACAGCGUUUGGGAUCACCUUCGUCCUCUGCAUCUCUUGUGUUCUGGGGAAAACAAUAGUGGUGUUGAUGGCCUUCAGGGCUACACUUCCAGCCAGUAAUAUCAUGAAAUGGUUUGGUCCUCCACAGCAGAGACUCAGUGUUCUGGCUUUCACUCUCAUACAGGUCCUGAUCUGUGUACUUUGGUUAACAUUCUCCCCUCCUUUCCCCUACAAGAACAUGAAGACGUAUAAGGAAAAGGUCAUUCUAGAGUGUAAUGUGGGUUCAGCUAUUGGUUUCUGGGCUGUGUUGGGGUAUAUAGGACUCCUGGCUCUCUUGUGCUUUGUGCUGGCUUUUCUGGCUCGAAAGCUGCCUGAUAACUUCAAUGAGGCCAAAUUCAUCACCUUUAGCAUGCUCAUAUUCUGUGCAGUCUGGAUCACCUUUAUCCCAGCUUAUGUCAGCUCUCCUGGGAAGUUCACUGUAGCUGUGGAGAUCUUUGCUAUUCUGGCCUCCAGUUUUGGUUUACUUUUCUGCAUUUUUGCUCCUAAAUGUUUCAUUAUAUUGCUGAGGCCAGAGCAAAACACCAAGAAACAUAUGAUGGGGAAGACAUCCAAUGAUAUACGAUAUUAAAGAAAGAUAUUAUGGGGAAGACAUCCAAUGACGAUAUUAUUUUGGGAAAGGCGUCAACCAAAGCCCUUCAGGAUGAAUACUGACCAUUGGCCUAUUCAACGUCUUUCUAUAAUAAACACAGACACAUCGUAUCUAAGUCAGUCAUG